UCAAAGCCAGGUGUUCAAUUGGAAAGAGGUUUCUUCCAAGCUCUCCGUAGCAUUUGUUUAUCAGAAAAUUGAGUUGCUCCCGGUCGGUCGACGACACGUUGCCGUUCGCUAGUUAUGCGUCGCAAUUGUAACAUUGUAACGGUAUUUUUCUCCCGGAGGAAUUAGUUAUCUCACGUGCACCAGAGCGGAGGUUAAUCUUAUCAAUUGGGAUUUUUUGGAGUCUAGUCGUACACAGGAGAAUUGAUGUGGUUCAGUAUACUAUAGGUGGCCUAGUGUGUUGGACAUUCUUAGGGAAACUGGGUUAAAAACCGAAUAACCAGUGGAAUUUGGGUGAAGCGGAGUGCUUCGAAGUGAUGUGAGAAAUGAUAAGUCUUAGAAAAUCGGAUUUUCUUAAAGUUCACUGCAUGAUAUGUGUGGUGAUCUUGAUAACAUGUCAACUAGCUAUUCAGAGCGUCUUGGCUCAGAAUGACGAACCUCACUGUGUGAUGUAUGGGAUCUGUAGCACGAUCGGUAUUCACUCGCAGAACUGUCCGACUACGGAUGUAGCCAAACCGUUGAACAACGCGGAUGGGGUGGAGAUUAUGCGCAAACGGUGCGCAUUUAUGUUCGAAGACGAAAACACUCCACUGUGUUGCGACUACGGGCAGCUGUUGGAGCUGGACAAGAACUUCAAAACGGCCGAAGGGUUGUUCGGUCGAUGUGAGACCUGCAUCAAGAAUAUGUUGUUCAGUAUCUGCAGCAUGGCAUGUAGCUCAGAGCAGAGUAGAUUCUUGACGGCGCAUACUCAUGAAAGCGGUCAGUACGUGGAGAGCGUUGACUUCCGGAUAGAUCGGGCACACAUCGAAGGGGUGUACGACUCGUGCAAAGGUAUCGUUCUGCCCUCGAGCGGGAAGUACGCCAUGGAUAUCGCCUGUGGAAGCUGGGAAUCAACGCGAUGCACUGCCGAGCGAUGGUUCAAGUAUCUCGGUGACGCGAUCGAGAAUGAAUAUGUGCCGUUCACAAUAGAAUACCAUCUGGAGGAAGGCGCGGAGAAGCGAUACAAUCAGGAUGUGUUGUCCUGCAGCGAAGCCUACAAUGGGUCUCUGAGCUGUUCGUGUGUGGAUUGCUUCGAGAGUUGCCCGGUCUCGGAUCCUCCGGAAGCCGACGAUCCGGGAUUUAUGGUCGGAGAUCUGAACGGGGUUACGUUUGUUAUCGCUGUCGUUGUGGGCGGGGUUGGUUUGAUGUUGAUCCUGAUAUUCGCUUUCUUGAGAUCCUAUGAAGGAAUGCCUGAGUUUCCACGGUUUUUGGGAGGUUUCCCUGCAGUCAACGUUUGGCUAUCCAAAUUCUUCACUCAUUGGGGGACUUUUUGUGCUGCCCAUCCGAUCCUGAUUUUGGCGAUCUGUUCGUGGCUUGUCGGAGGUCUCUGCUAUGGGAUCAUUUUUCUAGAGAUAACAACCGAUCCGGUCGAGUUGUGGGCAGCUCCAGAGAGCCGUUCUCGUAUCGAGAAGGACUAUUUCGACUCACGCUUCUCACCCUUCUUCCGGAACACCCAGAUGUUCAUCAAACCAACCAGGCAGAACUACAUCGUCCAUCCAACGGUGAUGGGAAAUGUCACGUUCGGUCCAGCGUACGACAAAGAAUUCCUGCUGGAGGUGUUCGCCCUACAGGAGCACAUAGAACAAAUAGGUCAAGCCGAAGGAGCCGGUUUGGAGAAGAUCUGCUUUGCGCCGAUGACGGCUGCUGGGGAGGAAACGGUGCUGUCCGAGUGCACAAUACAGUCUGUGUUUGGGUACUUCAUGAAUGACUACGACAAGUUCAACAGUGUCCGCACGGAUAGGGAAGGCUUCGAGGUGAACUAUUUGAACGUGAUUAACGAUUGUACGAGGAAUGCGUAUCUACCGGCUUGCUUCGGUCCAUACGGUGGACCUAUUGAGCCGGGGAUAGCGGUCGGAGGUUUUCCCAAGCCAGCCAUGGGCGAGAGUCCUGAUUUUAGGCUUGCUACGGGUGUUAUUGUUACGUUCUUGAUCAACAACAGGGCGAACAAGGACGAAUUGGGACCGAUGAUGGAGUGGGAGAAGAAAUUUAUCCAGUUUAUUGAGAAGUAUGAGAACCCGAUGCUGGACAUAGCAUACACCGCCGAGCGAUCCAUCGAGGAUGGGAUUGAUGCGAUGUCCGAGGCGGAGAUGUAUACGGUGAUCAUCAGCUACGCGGUUAUGUUCGUCUACAUCACAAUCUCUCUGGGGAAGAUCAGUGGCUUCCGGACGUUCUUCACUGAAUCCAAAAUAAUCUUAGCCAUAGGGGGUAUAGUGAUAGUGCUGGUGUCAGUUGUUUGUAGUCUUGGGUUCUUCGGAUAUCUACGCCUUGCAACCACAAUGUUGACCAUAGAAGUGAUACCAUUCCUGGUGCUGGCGGUGGGUGUUGAUAACAUCUUCAUGUUGGUUCAUGCAUUUCAACGAAUCGAUAGAAUCGAAACUCCGGAAACUCCUGACGCCAUUGGGAGGGCUCUGGGGAAGAUUGGUCCGUCAAUUCUGCUCACCACUGCUAGCGAAUGUUGCUGUUUCGCAAUUGGUGGUCUAUCUCCGAUGCCGGCUGUGAACACGUUCGCUUGGUAUGCAACGGUGGCACUGCUAGUGGACUUCCUUCUACAAAUUACAGCCUUUGUUGCUCUGCUUGCGAUCGAUGAACGCCGAUCGGCUAGUGGUCGGUGGGAUCUAUUUUGCUGUGUCAAGAGUGAACAGAAAGUUUCAAAGCAGCAGGAAAUCGGAUUUCUAGAGAAGAUUUUUGGAAAAUACUACGCCCCACUGCUCAUGAACAAGACCGUCCGGCUGGUUGUGCUGGCGUUCUUCGUGAUACUGUCUUCCCUGUCGCUAAUGGUUGUGCCAAAUGUCGAACCAGGACUGGAUCAACAAUUGUCCAUGCCGAAGGACUCACACCUGGUUAAGUACUUCCAGUUUAUGGCCGAUUUGCUAUGGAUGGGUCCUCCGGUUUAUUUUGUGCUGAAGGCAGGGUUGAACUACAGCUAUGUGGGAGACCAGAACAAGGUUUGUGGUGGGGUGCUGUGCGAUACGGAUUCGGUACAGACGAUGCUGUACCUCGCCUCGAGGUACCCGGAAAUAACCCGAAUUGCCCGACCAUCUUCCUCCUGGCUGGAUGACUACAUUGACUGGCUUGGCAUCGAAGGUUGCUGUCGUGAAAAUCCGCUGGAUGGGUCCUUCUGCAUGAGUACCAACACAUUCUGCCCGUCCUGCCCAAAGGAGUUCGACGAAACCGGAAUUCGUCCGACCGUGCCCCAGUUCGAACGCUACAUGGAGUUCUUCUUGUCUGAUCUGCCAGACGAUCGGUGUGCGAAGGCCGGCAGGGCUGCGUACCUAACGGCACUGAACUACGUACAGGACUCGCGGGGUCAUCUGAACGUUCAUGAUUCGUACUUCAUGAGUUAUCACACGACGGUGGUCACUUCGAGGGAUUUCUACGAGGCACUCCAGUGGGCGCGAAGGGUCACCGACGAUAUCCAGCAGAUGCUCGACGAGAAGGGUGCCGGGGUGAAGAUAUUCCCCUACAGUGUAUUCUACGUCUUCUACGAGCAGUACUUAACAAUUUGGACGGAUACAUUGGUGUCGCUGGGACUGUCACUGGCGGCGGUGUUUUUGGUUACUUUCCUAGUGACCGGACUGGACAUUGUAUUCUCAUUGAUUGUGCUGCUGAUGGUGUUCUUGAUUUUGCUCAACAUGGGAGGUUUUAUGUGGCUUUGGAACAUCACAUUGAAUGCGGUUUCUCUGGUCAAUCUGGUUAUGUGCGUUGGAAUCGGGGUUGAGUUUAUUUCGCACAUCGUGAGGUCGUACAAAAAUGAAGAGGGGACGAAAAUCGAAAGAGCUGCUUUGUCGUUGACUAAAACGGGUAGCAGCGUGUUCUCCGGCAUAACUUUGACAAAGUUUGCCGGAAUAAUUGUGUUGGCUUUCGCCAAGUCGCAGAUAUUCCAAAUAUUCUACUUCCGGAUGUACUUGGGCAUCGUGGUACUCGGAGCACUCCAUGGUUUGGUACUACUUCCGGUGUUUCUCAGCUACAUUGGACCACCUUCGGUGAAGAAGACGUCAACAACCAGUCCCUACAUGCCGAUGGAUCAUCCUGAGGAUUCCGAAGCUGUGACAGUAAAACGAGGAGAAUAUGAAGCACCAGUACGGGAGUCGUCAAUCCCAUACGAAAAACACAGAUUGUAGUCACCAUAAGUAAUUUAUUGAGUUUUUACACAACAAUACACGUAAUUCAGAUUCAAUACUCCUUCAACUGGGUAGCUUGAAUGGAAUUCCAGUGAACCGCGGUCGCUGGGUAAUCCUAUCUGCGUUUAUUUUCUCCCCGACAAUCGUAAUCUCCUGACGUUUUUUGGGAUUGUACAGUAAAUGGAUAUCGUCCGUGUCCAGCUUAUAGAAUGGUUCCGUAUGCCAACCGUAGCUGUUAAAAAGACGUUUAACUUGAAAAUUUUACUCAACGCCAACCCCCCUCACGUCUCCACUCACCACUGAUUCUCCGUCCGAGGCUCUCGGUACUUCUCCCGCGGUCCCUCGGCGAUGUUCUUCUCCAGCAACUUGAAGUACUUGUCGAAACUAUCCAAGCGACUUUGCGCUUCGACCGUUGUCGAAUCAUAUUUGGACCAGAAUUUGAUCGCAAUCGGCACCCGGUUCAGAUUGGGCAGGAAGUGAUCCGUCACACGGAUGUGGGUAUUCUGCUUGUUGAUCACUUCUUUCUCGAACGCGUACGACACAAUGGCCGGAGGCUUCGGAAGUUCUUCCUCCUGAACGGAUGCCAUCUCUUUCAUUUUCACUCGCGCGCUGCUCUCUGGACUGCUUUGAUUUGAGACUAAACCAGAGGUGAGGCGCACACACACCUUAUCGAUUCGAACCGAACAGAGUGACUGAACUCGGACUCGGAACCCUUCCCCGCGCAAGGAAGAAUCCUAAUUCCGCCAAAAAAAUGCCUACCCCAGAGCGCGCACAACGCGGCAACAAUACUCGGUGAUGACUAUCCGAAGCCCCAAAAAAAGCAGGGAAGCUAAAUGGAAGCAAUAAAUUGCAAAAUAAUUUAUAUCGCUAAUGGGGUGGGGUGAAGCAGUUCGCCAGAAACUAGGUGAAAGUGAUAGAAGCAGGGGUUGGGGCCGUAAAUUUGCUCGGCAUAUUUUUUAAUUUGUAUUGCGAUAAACAAAUUCCUUCGGUGAGUUUGUAUGUUUAUGGGACCACUGCAGAGAAGAAAAGGGGCGAAAUGCGGUGGCAAAAUUCAAGGUUGAAAAUAAGUUUGUCUUUCGUGGUUAUUCUUCCACCGUUGAACUUCUAGUUGUCAAAUAUUUUGCGCUGCCCCUUCGUUACCACCUGGGUGGCAUUUUUGGCAGUAGCGGAAUUGACUUCGUUGAUGGUGGGAGGAGGUAUCCUUUGAAUAUUUUUAUUUAUAUAGGUUAUGCUCGGUGGAUUUCCUUUGGAUGGAACAUGACCUUUACAAGAUAUGAAAAAUUGUAACUCAUGGUUGAACACCGUUUUGGGCUCUGAUAGAUGUCUCACGCUUUUGGCAAAUUGAAUUCAGAAGCAAAGCACAUUUUUGAUACGGUAAUUUCGUAAGUGGUGUGCGUUGGGUGUUACAGAGUUUGUCGAUUCAAACGCGAAAAUUAUACACAUAUAAUUAACCGCGCGGAAGCUUGGUUAUUCUGAAAAAUCCAAUCCAAUCCAGAAAAAUUUUAUUCCAAAUUCAAAUAUAUACUGCAUUAUUAUCUAAUAAAAAAAAGUAAAAAAAAGCAUUUCAAGACGAACGGUUUCAUUGUGCUUAAACAUGAUAAUAAUACAACUAAUGUCUUAAAAGCUAAAAAAUAGCUAGACAAGAAGCAGUUAGCAAUUAUCACUCCGCAUCCUUUAUUAAUUUAGGGGAGACUAGAAUAAAAUCGAGGGGCAUGUGAUGAAUCAACUGACUGUGGAUAAUGGAAUUUUUAUUAAAUUUUAUUAUAUUUUAUUUAAUUUUAUUUCUCACUUAAUUUUUUCUUUAAUAUUUUCAUGAUGUACCGUGUUCUGUUAGUCAAAUCAUUUCAUUCGGUAAUGACACUGAGGGUAUUGUAAAAAUACAUAGUUGACAUAGUAGUUCAUUAUAUAGUGCAUUUAUUUGAUACACAUAUCCCAAUAAACUCUUUUUUAGAUAA